CCCUUAUUUAUUUCUCAUCCUGCCGCUCUCUACACACAGUGAGACAAAGACGCGGUGUGUAUUUCGAGAUUGACGCCAAAUCGAAAAUGGUGAAAUUUUUACUUCAGAUCGCUGCGGACCUCGAGAACCUGACGAACCUUCAGCCCCAGGAAGGCUGCAACGACCCCAACUUUUCCUAUCUCUUCAAGUUGAAAUGUGAGAGGUGUGGAGAGCUGAGCCAGAGGGAAACUUGUGUGAGCUUGAACGAGACUGUUCCUCUUCCGUCGGGCAAGGCAACCGUUAAUCUUGUUCAGAAGUGCAAGUUUUGUGGAAGGGAUGGAACUCUGACAAUGAUGCCAGGUCAUGGUAAACCACUGACCCAGCAAAUGUGUGAAGAAAGGAAGUUUUCCCCCUUGAUGAUGUUUGAGUGCAGGGGUUAUGAGCCUGUGGACUAUGUAUUUGCUGGUGGGUGGAAGGUUGAAUCUGUGGAAGGGACAAAAUUUGACCAUGUUGACUUGUCAGGAGGGGACUUUGUUGAAUAUGAUGAGAAGGGAGAGUACCCAGUUAUGGUUUCCAACCUCCGUGCCACUUUUGUGGUGAAGUAGAGUGGUAUAUGCUACAAGAAAUAUGCCAUGGUAUAUAGAAUUUGGCAUGUGAAGCUAACUGUUCCUUUGUGUAUAAGAUAGACACAUCUACAUCUUGGCUGUUUCAUGUGCUGUGACUGUGAGCAGAAAACGCUCUGUAGCAUCUUAGUAUUAGUCUUCAACUUUGGCGUUUUCAUAGACAGUAGAUAUACUGGCAAACUACAGAGCUAAUGUUGUGACAUUGUUCAGUUUUCACGGAUCUCAUUGUUGAUACGACGUGUUAUUAUAUCACACGUUCAAAAUGAAUGCAUGGACGGUUUUCUUUGCAAA